AAAAAAAAAAAAGACUAAGACGUGGACCCUGUCCUGGACCCACAGUCUGAUUGGGAAGAUAGAAAGUUAACAGUGGUAAGUGCUAUUCAGGAUUUAAACAGGAUGAUUCGAGAGUCUGGGGUGGGGGUGGGGUAGAGGAGUUGGUGGCUUUAGUUGGAGGAACAGGUGACUGGGGAGGUGAGAUUUGAGCCAAAGCCAGAAGACUGAGAAAGUCCCCAUAUGUGAAGAUGGGGGAGGGAGGCCACUUCCAGCACAGAGGGAGAGAGAACAGCCAGUGCAAAGGCCCUGAGAAAUGGGCCUUUCACUGGAAAUGAACCUAAGUUAUUGGAGAAAGGGAAUAUCCUCUGACAUCCUUGAUGUUCCCACUUGGAUCUCACAGUGACCCGUUCCGUUCCCUCUCCACCUAACCCUGAUCCCUCUGCAUCUCAGCAAAUGGCCCCAUCCUCCACUCAUCUACUAGGCUAAAACCUGGGGAGUUGAACUUGACAUCUCCCCUUCUCUCACACUCCAUGUCCAUCUAUCAGCAUGUUCACCAACCUCUAUGUAUAAAAUGGGUCCCAAAUCCAGGUGUUUUCUUCAAUCCCAUGGUCUCCACCUGGGCUCCCUCCCCUCCAAUUCACCUCCUAGCUCAGGCCAAAGAGCUCUGUAAACCUACAUCAACAUAUUGAUUCUAAAAAUCCCCUAAUGGUGGCUUUCCCUUUGGAGUAAAAGCCUGUAAGGGUACCUGCUGACCUCCCUCACUCCUCUCCAGCUAUGUGGACCGUUUUGCUGUUCUUGGAACCCACCAAGCUCUCUCCCCACCAAUGGCCCAUGUAUCUGCUGCUCCCUCUGCCUGGGGUACCCCCUUCCCCAGUUCCUUCUCUUCCUUUGGGCCUCAGCUCAAAUGUCACCUCCUCUGACAGGCCUGCUCUGACCACCCUUCUCGUUUACCUAGAUUUUAUUCUUCUUUUGUAAUAGUCUCUUUCAAACGUAUUCUCCCACUCGUGUAUAUUUUGUUGGAUGUUGUCUGUCCCUCCCUGAUAGAAUGGCAGCUCUGUGAGAACAGGGUUUUGCAUAGUGCUGGGCCCACAUUAGAAUCUCAGGAAAUAACAUUUGUUCCCCACUAAAAUUCAUAUCUUGAAGCCCUAACUCCCAGGACCUCAGAAUGUGAUUGUAUUUCGAGACAGGGUCUUUAAAGAAAUAUAAAGUAAAAGCACGGUCAUCAGGGUAGGUCCUAAUCCAAUCUGACUGGUGUCCUUAUAAGAAGAAGAAAUUUGGACACAAAGAGACAACAGGGAUGCCCAUACACAGAGGAAAGGCCAUGUGAGGACGCGGCAAUAAGGCCACCAUUUACAAGCCAAGAAGAGAAGCCUCAGAAGAAACCAAACCUGCCAACACCUCAAUCUUGGAUUUCCAGCCUCCAGAACUGUGAGGAAAUAAAUUUAUGUUGUUUAAGCCACUCAGUUGGUGGUAUCUUACUGCAGUGGCCUAAGCUGAUUCAUACAAUGCUGAAUGAAUAAAAGUGAAUGAAUGAAUGAACACAAAGGCAUCAUGGUGAUCCAAGAGAGAAGCUGGUGACCAGGGCAUAGAUGUCCAGCAAAGUGGCUGUUGGCAGCGACAUUGGGCAGGCCCGCCGGACAGUGGAGCAGCUGCGGAUGGAGGCAGGCAUCGACCGCGUGAAGGUGAAGGAGGGCAGCGCAGGUGGUGGGGAGAGGAGGCAGGCAGCGUGGCCGGGGACAGGCGCACACCCAGGUCUGGCUGACUGGCUUGGUCCACAGGUGUCCAAGGCAGCCGCUGACCUGCUGCAGUUCUGCACGGAGCAGGCCAAGAGUGACCCCUUCCUCGUGGGCAUCCCGGCCGCCACCAACCCCUUCAAGGAGAAGAAGCCCUGUGCCAUCCUGUGACCCCAAGACAGUGUCACCCUGUGGCCUCCACAAACCAGGAGCCCUCAAUAAACAUGAAGUGAAUGCUCUCCAGGGUGUGGCUGGGCCAGGCUGAGAUGGGGACAUGGGUGCCAGGGGUGGCACUGAGGGCUUGCAGGGGACAGGGUCUACCUCCAGGGUCACAGCCACAGCAGCACAUACACCCUGGAGCCCUCCCCC